CAGAUAUCAUGGAUGAAGCUUGUGUCGUGGUUUUACUCGGUACUCGCUUGGCUGGGCCUGCGCUCGAGCGAGCCCAGAGAGAAGUGGGAGAGGGAGGGAGUGAACGAACAGCGGCGGCAGCAAGCCACCAGCCCCGUAAUCGAGAAAGAAAAGAGAAUUUACGCAAUAAAUAAUUGCUGUAAUUUUCUCACCUGCUGGACUACAUUGGGUAAAUUAAGUCCACCAGAGGUUCAGGUGACAGAGGAGACGGUUUGUGAUGGCAACGUGAGACAUUUUGGGAACUUCGUAGGAACAAAACAACAUCAGCAAAAAUACGGGAUUUAUCACAGGCAGUGACAAUAAAAAACACUCCCCGACAAGUGGACUGCUGGCUGCCGAAGGAGCAGGCAGGACAAGGAAAAAAAGGAAAUAAAUACGUUAUCUGCCUCUCCCUUAAGGUAUUUAAACGUUAUUUUCAAAACAUAAAUUCUCACUGAACUUUAAACUCAUGAAACAAUGAAGACUUAGCCAGAAUUCAUCAAGUGUCUCCGUAGUAGCUAACGUUAGUUAGCUAGCGAGUGUGCGGUGUUCGCUAGCUACUGUAGCGUUUUGCUAGCGACUAACGUUAGCUUAGCUAGCUAACUGGUUAAACGUGUUGUUUUCCAAGAAACUUUUGGUGUUGUUUUUAAUAACCAGAACAGUGAGGGAGUGCUUCAAGACUAGAGGGGGAGGGCAGGUUCCCUUCUUGACAUAUUCCCCUCUACACAAUUUCCUUAAAAUGAUGGCUGCGGAGGUCAGUAGUGAGGACACAGGCUCUGUCUCGACAGGGGUGGCAGGCGGCGGAGGCCUCGAGACCGCCCAUUUUCCGUUUUAUCCCAAGCCGACCAGAGUACGGGUCACUGAUUUGGGCCAAGGAGCAGCACCAAACUUCCGCCAUCAGUCGAACACCUCCCCGGACUCCAUCCCUGAUAUGAGUAUGAUUUACCCCGUGGCUGGAGGAGAUAUUACCGGACCAGUCUUGUCCGCUACAGGGAAUGGUGGUAGCGGACACUCAAUUAGUCUAGGAACAAACUCAGGGACCAUUGGCGGUGUGUGCUACUCUCCCACCUCAGAGGGAGCCGGCAGCCGGAUGUCGCCCACCUCUGCGGGUCCGGACGGGCCCAGUGUCUUCCCCCCACUACCACCACCACCUCCACUGCCCCCAGGCUACGGGGGACUCGGCACUGUGGAUGAAAGCGACAUGCAGGAUGGACCGGAAUACGAGGAAGAGGAGGUGGUCUUCCCGCUCUCAGCGCCGCCCACUAACCAGUGGUACCAUGGGAAGCUGGACCGGACCAUUGCUGAGGAGCGGUUGCGGCAGGCCAGGACCCCUGGCAGCUACCUCAUCAGGGAGAGUGACCGCCGGCCCGGCUCCUUUGUCCUGUCCUUCCUCAGCAUGACCAGCGUGGUCAACCACUUCAGGAUAAUCGCCAUGUGUGGAGACUAUUACAUUGGCGGGCGUCGGUUCUCGUCCCUGUCGGACCUGAUUGGUUAUUACAGCUACGUGUCUUGCCUGCUGAAAGGUGAAAAGCUGCUAUCGCCCGUGGCGCCCCCAGAGCCUGUAGAGGACAGGAGGAGAGUGAGAGCCAUUCUUCCAUACACCAAAGUGCCAGAGACCGAUGAGAUCAGCUUCCUGAAAGGGGACAUGUUUAUCGUUCACAAUGAACUGGAUGACGGCUGGAUGUGGGUGACCAACGUGAGGACGGAGGAGCAGGGCCUCAUCGUAGAGGACCUAGUGAAGGAGGUGGGACGGGAGGAGGACCCACAUGAGGGCAAAGUCUGGUAUCACGGCAAGAUCAGCAAACAGGAGGCCUAUAACCUUCUGAUGACAGUUGGUCAAGUGUGCAGCUUCCUGGUGCGGCCGUCAGACAACACACCCGGGGACUACUCCCUGUUUUUUCGCACCAAUGAGAACAUCCAAAGGUUUAAGAUAUGCCCCACCCCCAACAAUCAGUACAUGAUGGGGGGGAGGUACUACAACAGUGUUGAUGACAUUAUUGACCAUUAUAAGAAAGAGCAGAUCGUGGAGGGCUACAACCUGAAAGAUGCUGUGUCAGUGCAGCACCAGGAACAAGUGCUCUCAGACUUGGUGGACGGCAAGGAGAUAUAUAACACUAUCAGACGGAAAACGAAAGACGCGUUCUACAAAAACAUUGUCAAGAAAGGCUACCUCCAAUUCAACAAAGGCAAAGGCAAGCGGUGGAAGAACCUCUACUUCAUCCUGGAGGGGAACGACGCCCAGCUCAUCUACUUUGAGAGUGAGAAGAGAGCCACCAAACCCAAAGGCCUGAUUGACCUGAGUGUGUGCUCUGUGUACGGUGUGCACGACAGUCUGUUUGGCAGGCCAAACUGUUUCCAAGUUGUGGUCCAGCACUUUAGUGAGGAACAGUACAUAUUCUACUUCGCUGGCGAGACUCCUGAACAGGCACAGGACUGGAUGAAAUGUCUGCAGACGUUCUGCAGUAACCUUAGGAAACCCACCCAGCCCACUCCCAACAAGAGGCUCCGACAGGUGAGCAGCCUGGUCCUGUACGUGGAGGAGGCCCACAAGCUGCCUGUGAAGCACUUCACCAACCCCUACUGCAACAUCUACCUGAACAAUGUGCAGGUGGCCAAGACCCACCCCAGAGAGGGUCAGAACCCCGUCUUCACAGAGGAGUUCAUCUUUGAUGACUUGUCGAGUGAAAUCAACAGGUUUGAAAUCAGCCUGAGCAACAAGACAAAGAAGAGCAAAGAAAGUGACAUCUUGUUCAUGCGUUGCCAGCUGAGCCGCCUGCAGAAGGGCCAGAUGAUAGACGAGUGGUUCCCUCUGAGCUCCCACGUGCCUCUGAAGGGCAUCGAGCCGGGCUCCCUGAGGGUGCGAGCCCGCUACUCCAUGGAGAAGAUCAUGCCUGAGGAGGAGUACAGCGAGUUCAAAGAGCUGAUCCUGCUGAAGGAGUUCCAUGUGAUCUAUGCUCUGGCCCAUGUGUGUGGGCAGGACCGCACCCUGCUGGCCAGCAUCCUGCUGCGUAUCUUCAGACACGAGAAGACAGAGGCCCCGCUACUCAGGACACUCAACGACCGAGAGAUCAACAUGGAGGACGAGGCAACGACCCUGUUCCGAGCGACCACACUGGCCAGCACACUGAUGGAGCAGUACAUGAAGGCCACGGCCACACCCUUCGUCCACCACGCCCUCAAAGACACCAUCCUCAAGAUCAUGGAGAGCAAGCAGUCCUGCGAGCUGAACCCCUCCAAACUGGAGAAGAACGAGGAUGUGCAUCUGAACCUGGCCCACCUCCUCCUCAUCCUGUCUGAGCUGGUGGAGAAGAUCUUCAUGGCUGCUGAGAUCCUGCCCCCUGUAAAUAGGCUUUCGUCUGUCAUCGACGAUGACGUCCUCAUCGACGAUGGCUGUCAAUCAUUGUCGACACCCGAUGACAUCGUUCAUCGGCCCAACCCUAAUAAAACUCUAAGAUAUAUCUAUGGGUGUCUACAGAAGUCAGUGCAGCAGAAAUGGCCCAACACCACCAUGAGAACCCGGGUGGUCAGUGGCUUUGUGUUCCUGAGACUGAUCUGUCCUGCCAUCCUCAACCCAAGAAUGUUCAACAUCAUCGCUGACCCUCCCUCUGCAACAGCGGGACGUACCCUCACUCUGGUUGCCAAGUCUGUCCAGAACCUGGCUAACCUGGUGGAGUUUGGUGCUAAGGAGCCCUACAUGGAGGGAGUGAACCCCUUCAUCAAAAACAACAAACAUAGAAUGAUCAUGUUUCUGGAUGAGUUGGGUAAUGUCCCUGACCUCCCUGAAGCUACAGAGCACUUUAGGACAGACCUGUCCCGCGACCUCGCUGCCCUGCAUGAGAUCUGUGUCUCACACUCAGACGACCUCCGCACCCUGAGCAACGAGAGGGGAGCACAGCAGCACGUUCUGAAAAAGCUGCUGGCCAUCACUGAGCUCCUUCAGCAGAAACAGGUUCACUAUGCCAUGUCCAACAGCAACAGGUAGUACAGCACUCCUCCUCUCUCGUUCUCUCCCUCAGUCUCCUUGCACAGAGAUGCACACAGGACCUGACCCAGCAUGCUCCAAUUAUCACCAUGGCACCCCCACCCCCACCCAUCUCCUCCUCCGACAGUCCCGCCCACCACAUUGCCCAUGCCAGGAGAGCUAUGCAACGAAAGCAACAGCAAGCUGAACAACCAACGCAAAAAAAAAAACUAAACUUGCACCAGUGACUGACUGCUGUAUGCGCAGGAAAUGUUUUUUUCUUAUUCUGAAAAGUGUUCAUGAUUCUGUGACUUGGGUACAUGUAUGGGUAUCAUUCCCCUUCAUCAAGAGGGUCAAAGAUUUUAUUUCAAAGUAUGCCCAAGACAUGUUCGUCCACACAGCACAGGUUGCCAAAGUAUAUCUCCCUGCUCAAUAUGAGGAAAGUCAACUGACAUGAAGAAGCUACAGUCAACCCUGUUUUUCUUAACUGGAUUAUGAGCGGUAAUGCUUUUUAUACUGUAUUUUAUGGUUGUGACAAUGUCCACAAAGUGCUGAAACUAGCUUUUCUAUUUGUCUCCAGUAUUUUGGGGUUCAUUCUCUGUAUUUUAGUUUGGAGAUUCUUGCAGAAAGUGUUUUUUAUCCACAAACAAAAAAAAUAUUGCUGGAAUCAUGAGUAUAUAGUUCAGACAAACUUUUUUUAUUUUCUUCCAAUUGUAUGACAUUGAUUGUUUUUUGGUUCAUUCUUCCUUAACUUCUCAAUGCCAGACAAGAUAGAAGUUUUUAACUAGUUAAUGAAAAUGUUUACAGCAGUAAAUCUUUAAAUAGUACAGAUUGUAUCAGACAUGCAUGCACUUAUUAAACAGUUGUUUUGUAAAGUAGAUAAUGGAGUCUUUCUUCCCCAGGUCAUUUGUGAUUAAGUGCCUUCGGGACUGUCUUUGCUCUGUGUUAUGGCCUAGAAACCCAGGUUUGAGAUUUAAGAGCAGCCUUGUAUCAUAACUGUUCAAAAAUGUAUUGAAUGUUAGUCCCUUAAUGCUCUAGGCAAGUGCACUGUGCUCACAGAGCCUAUUGAUGUUAUGCCCAUGGAAUAUACACAUUUUUACUACAUCAUAAGAGAUGAAGUCAUUCAAACAAAUUUUGUAUUUCAAACCUGACACAAUAAAACAUGUAGAUUUUUUUUUUUUUUUUU